AUGACCGAAGAAGAACCAAACUUUGAUGAACUCAAUGAUGUUGAGGCAGAAAUCAAACAAGCAACCUCAUCAUCAUUAUCUUCAACGACCACAGCCUCUCCUGCUCUCGCAACCAUUCCACAACAACAACCACCAACACCGAACGGAGCAAGUACUUCUUCUUCAGCUGCAACCAUCAAAUCAUCACCAACCUCCUCUUCUCCACCACCACCACCACCACCACCGACUACUACUCCUCAAACAACAACACCUUCCAAGCUUCAACAACCACCGAUCACUCCAAAGCAGCAACAACAAACACCUGUUGUUGAUGCAAAGCCUCCUCCACCUCCCACCAUGAUGAUGAUGAUUCCACCCAACAGUACGGCAUUUCCUCCAUUUCCACCCAACAACAAGACCUUGACGCAGCAACCACAACCUCUAUCAUCGUCUGUUGUUGUUUCAUCAUCAUCAUCAUUAGGAACAAACACAUCUACUCCUUCUUCCACAACAACAACUAGUGCAAAGACUACAUCUUCAUCCUCUUCGUCCUCGGAAAACAAAAAGCCUUGGGGAAAACUAGUCCUAGCCAAUACCAAUUACACUGACAUACCAAAGGAAUUUUCUUUGGUGGACGAUGUCAUUACCAUUGGAAGAUUACCCGACAACAAUGUGAGAAUAUUCUCGAAACAACAAGCUAAAUUUGUGUCGAGACAUCAUGCCAAGAUUUAUCGAAAUGUCUCUGAUGUUAGUUUUGAAAUUGAGGAUUUGAAAAGCUUAAAUGGAACACUUGUGAAUGGAAGAAAAAUCUCAAGAGCAUUUCUCAAACAUGGAGACUUGAUCAUUAUUACUGGAGGAACCACAGCCACCACCAAUGGCUUCAUUACAUUGGGAGACAAGUCAAGGCACAAUUUUGCUACCGAGCAAGAAUGGAAAACUGUCUUGGUAGAUCAAUUGAAACAAGCGUUUAUUUACAGAUUUGAACUAUUGGAUCCAAUGGCCAUCAUGAAGACUUUGAGUAGUGCCAAUUUGAACAAUCUUAACUCUGUUGAGAAUGGAUCUGUGGAUAAUGCGGGUGUGAGUAGUAGCAGUGGCAGCAAUACGGAUCAGUUAAAGAGAAACUUGGAGGCAGCUCAACUCGAUUCUGUCUCUUCACCGGCCAAGAGAGUGAAAGACAGCCAAUCAAGCACAAGUGGCUCUGAGGCAACUGUUCUGCAAACAGCAGAUAUCACUUCUUCAAGUGUUUCUGAAGAUAAGCUCAAGCUAAAGAUCAUUCAUGAUACAUGUCACACCGAGUUCACAUGUUGCAUUUGCUACAAUUGGUUUGUAGAGCCAACCAUCCUGCAAUGUGGUCACAACUUUUGUAAGAAGUGUCUCUAUGAUUGGCUCGCCAAGAAUCAGUCUUGUCCUCUCUGCAGAAAGAAACUGUCGAAAGGAUCCUACCCAAAUCGACAACUGGAGAGUAUCUUAAACACUACUGUAAAGACAAUGCUUUCAGAGGAGGAACAACUUUUAAGGGAGGAACGAAUUAAGUCAAUCAAGCAAAAGUUUGACGAGGAUUUGGCUAAACUGUACGGAAUGAUUGAGAAUGCCAAAGCCAAGAAAAUCAAAUUCCUUAACAUUAAAGACAGAUGGAAGUUGGAGGAGAAGAGAACUUUCAAGAAUGGAGCCAAACAAUACUUUGGCAAGUGUAGAGAAGUUUUCUGUGAAUUGGUUGGCCUCACCGAGGACUUUGUGAAUAAGUGCAACAGUGAGGAACUCAUUAUUGCCUGUGACAAUUUGGAAAUUCCAGUAGCAUACAUUAUUGUAGGCCAAGAAGUCAAGACCAUGAGACGAGUUAUCGAUUUCGAUCAAACAAGACAACGACUUCAAGAUUUUUGGAAUGCUGAGGAUAAUUUAUUUUUCUACUAG